AGAGGUAACAGCAAACCGCUGGCACCAACUGAACACAAACGUCAAACUCGAGUUCCGCAUUGAAGCAGCUAGCUUCAGCUCCCAAGCCACAGAGGGAGAGAGAGAGAAGGGGGAAAGUACCAAAAUCUCUGCAGUCAGGGGAGACGACAAACCACUGACAUGACAGUAAAAACUUAUUAAUGUCAUUGACAAUUUAAAGACUUUCCUUCGGGACUCGGGAGGACGAAUUAAAUGUCGAAAGAAGCCGACUAAACUCGCGAAGACGGCAGUUUAAUUUAGCAGCGAUGAACGGCAGCCCUGCAUCGGUCCAGAUGGAUGAGGUCAGGAGGAGAGCCCAGUCCCUCCUCUCCUCCUCAGGCUCAGCGCAGGAUGUGAAGGCAGAGGUUCAGAAGAUGGCCGGCAUCCCUCUGCCUCCGUCAGAGAAGUACCUGCACUUCACAGCGGAGGCCAUGCUGAGGGAGAACACGGCGGGCUGCAGCAGACACGAGACUCAGGAGUCUCUGAGUAGACUGGUCAAGGCCUUGAGUAUCCUGGAGAAGUACGGCUGCAACCUGAUCUGUCCCGCCAGGCCCAGAUACUGGCGAAGCGUCAAGCACAACAACCCCGUCUUCAGAACCACAGUGGACGCCGUCAAGGGCGGCCGAACAGUCCUCUUUCUCUACGGUUACACCAACCAGCAGAUAGAUGGCCUCAGUUUCCCAGAUGAAGUCAGCGAACCGGAUACUGAGAAAGUCGUCGCGGUGACGCUGGAGGUCAUGACCUUACGGACGGAGGUGGACAUGCUCGUUAAGGGAACACAUCCUCACCUAGAAAACUUCAAAGAUAUCAUCCCAUAUGUCAUCCAGCAGGAGAAGCUUGUGAGUGAUGUUGUGGUUAGUCCGCCUGGAGAGGAGCAGCAUGGAGACGAGCCGCAGGUUCUGUCCCCUUCACCUAAACCCGCCCAGGCCCCCGUGCACGGACAACCUCUGAAACCAUCAACAGGUGCUCCUACAGCCAGUUAUUGCAAUUUGUGUGGUGGCACUGUGUCUCUGCUUUGCCCGUCUUGUGACAAUAAACCUUUCUGCGAUGCAUGUGAUGACCUCUUCCACCGCCACCCUUCCAGAGCCAAUCACAAGAGAGACAAAAUACCCAACACCAAACAAGAGACCUGCACCAUCUGUGGUCUCUCCGCUGUGCAUGCUCAGUGCUCCACAUGUGUCCAGAAGUUGUGUCAGAAGUGCGACAGGCUCUUCCACUCUCACCCCGACCGAAAAGGCCAUACCCGAACUGUUAUCACACCGGCUAAAACAUCAAGUCCAUCUCUGUCACCUUGGCAAUGCGCUCAUUGCACCACGGUGAACGAGAUGCGAGCCGUACUCUGUACGACCUGUGAACGGCCUCGACUCGCCACGGCUGCCGCUACCGCUCAAGAGAGCCCGCUGUCGGUCCCUACAUCACCGAACACAGAGUGGCAGUGUAAGAGCUGCACAGUUAUGAAUCAAGGCAGCAGCAUCCUCUGUGAGGUGUGUGAGCGCCCUCGUCUGGCCACUCGUCCGCCUGUCGCCCCGGUUCUGUCCAGCCCAGGAUCUCUGUCUGAUGCUGAAGCAAAGUGGACCUGCCAGUUCUGCACUUACGUCAACACAAAGCCCACCGUGAUGUGUGAGAUGUGCAACCUGUCCUGUAAAGACUCUGCUGGAGUUUCUCUUCCCGGGUCUCUCCUGCAGACUCCGUCCGUCACCAAGUAUCAACCUCAGCCCGGCGUGAAGCCUCAACCGAUGCCCAGAGUCAACCUGGAGCUGAAGAGACAGAAGAUGAUGAGGGAGGACGGACUCACCCUCAUCCACCAGAUCAGAGAAGCAGAAAAGCGCGGCGUCAGCCCCGAGGAAGUGUACGCCGCUCUCUGCACAUGCGGCGGCAGCAACACCAACCCCUGCGACUGGCUGACGUCAGAGCUCCCGCUCCUGCUGGAUGAAAUCUGCGCCAUGGCGGCGUCUGUCCAGCUAAACUACAAAGCGGGAGAUUCCGAGAUACAGCCGACGGCGGCGGAGAGAGAGGGAGAGGAGCAGGAGCAGAGCGGUCCGGUCGUCGCCGGCGAAGGUGGGAAGCUGUCCAGAGCGGAGGCCAAGCUGGCGUGGCUGGCAGCGGGAGGCGACACCGACAGAGCAGUGAGACAGCUGCUGAGAGAUCGACAGGUCAAGAUGAGGGAGCUUCACUCUCUGGGCUUCAGAGACGUUUCCCAGUGUGAGGAAGCCCUGCGGCAGAGCGGAGGAGAGGUGAAGGGGGCUUUGUCUCAUCUUCAGCGCCCUCUCCUAGAGCCCUUCCACCAGCGCAUCUGGACCGACCAGCCUGAGCCGCCGAUCGAUCCCAAAAAUCCAGACAAACAGAGGAUGUGCCGGCGUCUGCUUGCACUGUACGACCUGCCCAGCUGGGGGCGCUGCGAGCUCAUCCUGUCGUUGCUCCAAGAACCGGGCGUCACUUACUCCCUGGAAGACGUAGUGCAAGCCGUCAAAGAGUCGCACGACAAAGACUUCAUCAGGCGUCUCCUUAACAACGAGUGCCCCUGCUGUCUGAGCAUCUUCCCCCGCAGCAAGAUGCAGUCGCUGACUUCCUGUCAGUGCUCCGUGUGCCACGAGUGUUUCGGCCAACACUUCACCAUCGCCGUGCGGGACAAGCACAUCAGAGACAUGGUCUGUCCCGUCUGCAGCGAACCGGAUAUCAACGACCCCGAACAACUGGACAGCUACUUCUCCACGCUGGACAUACAGCUGCGGGACUGCUUGGAGCUGGACGUGUACGAGCUGUUUCAUAAGAAGCUGACGGAGCACGCGCUGAUGAAGGACCCCAAGUUCCUGUGGUGCUGUCAUUGCACCUCCGGGUUUAUCAAUGAAGGAGACCAGCUGAAGGUCACCUGUCUGUCCUGCCACAAGAGUUUUUGCGCUCAGUGCAAGAAACCUUGGGAGCCGCAGCACCAGGAUCUGUCCUGCGAGCAGUUCCAGCAGUGGAAGAGAGAGAACGAUCCGGAGUACCAGCGGCAGGGCCUGGCGGGUUACCUGAGAGACAACGGCAUCACUUGUCCUCACUGCCGCUUCCCGUACGCGCUGACGAAAGGCGGCUGCAUGCACUUCACCUGCUCUCAGUGCAGGUACGAGUUCUGCAGCGGCUGCAACAACCCCUAUCACAAGACUGGAUGUAAGACGGCUCAGUGUAACUACCCCGGCCUGCACGCUCAUCAUCCUCGUGACUGUCUCUUCUAUCUCAGAGACUGGGAGCCCAACAGACUGCAGGACCUGCUGCAGCGGAGCGGCGUAGAGUUCAACACAGAUGCUUCUAAUGGAACACAGACUGAUGCUUGUGGUGUGAUGGAGCAGAAAGAUGAAGGAGGUCAGCAGACUGAUUCACCGUGUGGUAUCCAAACACAGCCGGGACAAGCUGGACUCUGCGAGAAGCACUACAGGGAGUACCUGGUCAGUCUGAUUAACGCUCACUCCGUGGACCCCGCUCCGCUCUACGACGCCCAGGAGCUGACCCGAGCCUGCGAGAGAUACCAGGUGGACACUCAGAGAGGAGAGAACGAGGACGACAACACUUACCACGCUCGACUGCUCACGAGACUGAUGGAGGUUCCUCUUGGAGAAAAAGUUCCUCGAAACAAAUAAAGACUCCUGAACGUAGCGCAGAAAUCAACCUGAAACAUCCAGAGAGAGAUGUGAUGAUGGAGAAUUUAUACACACGGAGGAUUUUGAACAGCAAGAAUUUAAAUGAUGUGCCGUAUUUGGUUUGCAGCUCUGACCAAUCACAGACUGCUGUGUCUGAUAUUAAAAAAAAACACAUUUACAUGGCCUGUUCUCACAGUUGAAGGUUAAUGUUUUAUGUUCCUGUUGAUCAUAAAGAAACAGAUUUUAAAGAGAGAAGAAGAAGAAGCUGUUGGAAAGGAAUUACCUGCUUCUUUGUGAUUUUCUACUCAGUUUAUCUCAAGACAGUUUUUUGCAAAAUGUUGUAAGUACAUCUGAUGUUUUCUGUCUUCAAAAAGCAACUUAUUUAUGGUGACUGAGGUUUGAAUAUCGAUCUCUUAUACCUGAAUGAAGAAAGGCUCUUUUUUAUAAGCUGGCUGGAGGCUCAGAGGUUUUCAGAGAACUAUUUUGGAGAUGUAUGUUAAGUAUCUGUGUCAUAACGUCGGAGGAUAUUAAAGAAUUAUUUACUAUCUAAAUAAAGUGCUGAUAUUUUGAGAGUUGAGGCCUUUGUUGAAAGUUUAUUCUAUCAGAGUUUUGUUUUUCUGUGCUGCUUUAUUUUUGAUGGAGAAAUGAGAAAUAAACUUAAUUAAUAAAUAA